AUGGAAAGAGUGAAGAAAUGGUUUGCAGGGUCGAAGGUGGGGGCGGCCAUGAUAAUGGUGCAGCUAUUUGUAACAGGGAUGCAGCUGCUGAUGAGGGCGAUGCUGGGUGAGGGCACCUUUAUUUUCAAAUACAUUGCAUACCGUAGUGCUGUUGCUGCUAUAUGUGUUGCUCCUCUUGCUUUCUAUUUCGAAAGGGGAAUUAGUCCAAAGAAGUUCAAGUACUGGUCCGUUUGGUUCUGGCUCUUUCUUAACGCCUUAGUCGGGAUAACAAUGUGUAUGGGAUUGUACGCUUAUGGUCUUCGAGACACGACAGCUACAUACGGUACCAACUUCUUCAACUUAGUUCCAAUAAGUGCCUUCCUCUUUUCCAUACUGGCAGGUAUUGAGAAGUUGGGGCUGAAUACAAGGGCAGGUAAAUUAAAGGCAAUGGGGGCAAUUGUUUGUGUAGCAGGAGUACUUAUUGCUAGUCUUUGUGAUGGAAAAGCUUUCCAUAUCAGGCAUCUUAGUCCUCACUCUCGUUGGGCUCAUCAUGCGAAGUCAUCCAAGGAUCAUUGGGUUCGUGGCAAUCUCCUGCUGACUGGCUUUUGCUUGUCCACGGGUGCUUGGUUCAUUGUUCAGGUUAAGUUGCUCAAGGUUUUUCCAUUCAAAUACUGCGCAAUAAUGCUGACAUGUGUCAUAGCAACAAUCCAAGCAACGGUGAUAGGAGUGUGCGUUGAUAGAAGUAAGGAUGCCUGGAAGUUAGGGUGGAAUCUCAAACUUCUUACAAUAGUUUACUCUGGAGCACUCAACACGGCUGCAUCAUUCUGCUUGAUGGCUUGGGCAAGUGCAAUCCGAGGCCCCACAUAUCCUCCAAUCUUCAACCCACUAUCACAAAUACUUGUGACCAUAUUAGAAUCCGUCAUAUUCGGUGAAGAGAUCAAACUUGGAAUAAUUCUAGGCAUGAUUGUGAUUAUUAUUGGGUUGUACUCCUUCUUGUGGGGCAAAAAUAUGGAAAUGAAACGUGAUUCGCUAGAUCAAAAUAUUGCCUCAAGUUCGAUGAGAAGCGAGGGAUCAAUCACUAUCAUUUGA